CACACAGACAUUUCUAUAUUACAAUUUAAACUCCUGUGAGUGCUGUGUUAUCCAAAGUAGACUGUACAUUUGAGUUGGCUUAUGCACUGAUCUACUGAUAUGUCAUGGAGUGCAAUAGACCCAUAUGGCUUUGAACGACCAGAAGAUUUUGACUACCAGACAUAUGAAGAAUUCAUGACACAUUACCUAGCAGUGUUAGCUAGACGAGCGGGUAAAUGGAGCUCCCUACUCUCAGCAAGAACCAAGGUUGAAAGAUCUCGUAAAGUGAAGAGAUAUUGUCGGAAAGGCAUUCCUGGUGAGCAUCGUGGUAUGGUAUGGAUGCAUAUCAGUGGAGCACAGAAACGAAUGGAAGAUAAUCCAGGGUUGUACGAAAAACUUAUGGCAGGACCAUUUGACCAAAGGCUGCUUGAAACAAUCAAUACAGAUAUCCACAGAACAUUUCCAGAGAAUAUCUACUUUAAGGAGGGAGCAGAAGAAGGCAAGAGAAAACCACUGUAUAAUGUACUUGUAGCAUAUGGACAUCAUAACUCUGGAGUUGGAUAUUGUCAGGGUCUAAAUUUCAUCACUGGUCUACUUCUACUUGUUGUAAAAGAUGAGGAAAUGACAUUCUUUUUACUAGAUAUAUUGCUUGACAAACUGCUACCAGAUUACUACACUCAAGACAUGAUAGGCUUAAAAACAGAUCAAGAGGUUUUAGGGGAACUAGUUCGGAUUAAAUUACCUAAUUUACAUGCUCAUGUUGAAGCAGAAGGUGUGCCAUGGUCUCUACCAACAACAAAAUGGUUUAUAUGCUUAUACCUUGAAGUCUUGCCAUUAGAAACAGUACUCCGAAUCUGGGAUAGUCUAUUUUACGAGGGUUCUAAAAUCAUAUUCCGUGUAGCUCUCACAAUGCUCAACCAGCAUCAAAAUAUUAUACUGACUUCCAAAAGCUUUCCUAAUGUUGUGGAAGCAUUCAAGAGAAUGACCACUGACAGUAGCAAUGUAGACUGUCAUAUAUUUAUGCAGAAUGUUUUUUCAGUCCCAGGAUCACUGUCCAUGUCAAUGAUUAAAAAGUUAAGAGCAGAGUUCCGUGCAAAAUGUGUAUGACAAAAUGCUUCACGCCAGGUUUAUGUUCUGCCAGUUGUUUUAGUUUCGUCUGAUGAAUAACCAGUGCUUGCUGCAUUACUAUGUACUGUAAAAUAUUUGGAUUAAUUUAUAAUAAUCUCAAAUUUAAGUCAAUUUUUAGUUUUAUUGAUUUAAUCUGGUACUUUGUUUCUUUAUUAUUAUGGUUUCACAUAGAAGAAGAAAUUGU